UCUGGUGAGCUGCAGAAUUUGAUCUCCGAUUUAUGAGUUUUGUGAUCUGGGUUUGAUUAUUUUCGCACGAUUUCAUAGUUUUCGAGUGAAUUCCGAUCUGGGUUUUCGAUUUUUCCCGUGAAUCGAUACAAUGGAGAACGAUUUGUUUAUGAACACCGGACUCCCUCCGCCGCCGCCGCCGCUGCAAGAGCUGGCGGUGCUUCCGUCGUCUUCACCGGCGAUGAUGAACUGGCAUUUGAUUUCUUCUUCGACGAAGACCGGACCUCCGGAGCCGAAUCUCGGUCGGAAUCCGACACAGGAUUGCUUCUUCUGGGAAAAGUCAACGGAACGUAGCAUCUUUGACUCUGCUCUGAGCUCACUUGUCUCCUCUCCGACGGCGUCGAACUCGAAUCUCUCCGGCGGAGACAGCUUCAUCAUCAGAGAGCUUAUCGGGAAGCUCGGGAACAUCGACAACAGCUCCGGUGAGAUCUACGGGAAUCCGGCGGACAGUGGGUUGUGUUACGGCACUCCGAUGAGAUCUCCGCCGCCGAAAAAGCUGAGUUCUCUGAUGAUGGCGGUUAAAUCCACGACUUUGGCGGAAUUCUCUGGCGACCCUGGAUUCGCGGAGAGGGCGGCGAGGUUCUCAUGCUUCGGAAGCCGGAGUUUCAACGGCCGAGCCACUACGCCGUUUGCCGUUGACAACGGCGCCGCCGGAGGCAGUAACACCAUCGUCGCCCCGACGGUGGGGGCCAAUGUGAAACUGCCACGUGUAUCGAGCAGCCCCGCCCUCAAGGCCCUCAGUUCUCAGAUUUGCAAGAAUACUCCUGGUAGUGAAGAUCAAUGUCCAAAAGUCUCCGGCGAAUUUUCCCGGAAAAGAAAAUCCGUCCCGAAAGGGAAACCCAUGGAAAAUACAGCUUCCCCGUCUCCCAGCUCCUUAAAGGAGGGUGAAGGGUACGAGGAUCCGGAUCCAAAGAGAAGCAAGAAAUCAGAAGAAAAAGGGAGGAAAGAAGAGAAAGAAGAGGGAGAAUUAGGAAAAGGGAGCAAGAAGACGAACAGUACGAAACCACCAGAAGCUCCUCCCAAAGAUUACAUCCAUGUCCGAGCUCGCCGAGGCCAAGCCACCGACAGUCACAGCCUCGCCGAACGAGUCCGGAGAGAGAAGAUAGGCGAAAGAAUGAAGCUGCUUCAAGAUCUUGUUCCUGGCUGCAACAAGGUUACUGGCAAAGCACUGAUGCUGGAUGAAAUUAUAAACUAUGUCCAAUCAUUGCAACGACAAGUUGAGUUCUUGUCAAUGAAGUUAGCUUCGGUGAACACCAGGCUGGAUUUUAACGUGGACGCUUUAGUGUCAAAGGACAUGAUUGCACCUUUGCAUCAGCAAUUAGAUUCCACAUUACAAUCAUUUUCGGGUCAUCAACAACACCAACGAAAUAAUUUACAGUUACACCCCAACAUUUCUUCGAAUUACAAAAACACCCAAUGCCCGGUUGGCCCUCUGGACACUUCUGCCUCAUCCAGAAGCUUCGCUCUACCAACCCUUGACCAAUUCACUGACUCUAUCCCCCAGUGUCCAGCAUUUUAUGAAGACGAUUUACACAGCCUCGUUCAAACGGGGUUUGCAGUGUGUCAAUCGGAAACGGUCCAAAUGCAACCACAAUAUUUUCAAAAUUCAAAUAAAGCAUCGUCAGACAUGAAACCCGAGCUUUGAUGGACACCGUUAUUUGGUUUUACAUAUAAAAAUGGGUGUCGGAUUUCAAGGCGUAAGGAGGAAGAAGGUCCGAUUUCGAGGUGACGAAUUAUAAUGCAUGGAAUAUGGUUGUAUAUAACAAGAAAUUUGAUUCGGAUAUGAUGUUAUAUAUAUAUAUAUACAUACAUAUAUAUAUAUAUUUAUAACAUAUUUUACCCUUUUUUAAAAAAUUUUGUACUCCAAUUCUUUUGUGGGUGGUUCCAUCGUAAUGUUAUCCACUAUGAUUUCCUUUGGACGCUUUUUUCUUUUAUGUAGUAUCAUUGUAUCCCCCACUACAAUAUAUGCAAAUAUAAUAUAAU